GGAUCUUUGUGUUCUUCAACGUUGCAGUGAAAGCAGGCGCUUCGCUCCGGUUCGGUUCGGUUCGGUCCGGUGGGCCGCUGGUUCUGUUGCGAACACGCAGAGCGGAACCGGCUUCUUAAAGCAGGCGUGGUCCCUGAACGCCUCACGGUUCUGCUUCGGCACCGAGGAAGUGGAACAAAUCUCAGCCCACGAGGAGAGCCCCGCCCCGCCCGUGGGGGAAGCUGCGUGACGAAUUCACGCUGCUGUGGACCUCCGUCAUCCUCAGUCUGGACCCACAGCUGAUGAUGAAGAUGAUGAAGAUGAUGCUGCAGACUUGAAGCGCCGGUCCUGAAGCUCUUGAAGGACCUCAAGGACCUCCAUACCGGUCCAGCUGUCGGAGUCACGGCGGAAGUCCCUCGGAGCCCCCACGCCGCGCCGGUCCUGAUGCUGGACGCGGUGAGGAUGAAGGAGGCCUGCAGGAUCUGCGGCCGGGAGCUGUGCGGCAACCAGCGGCGCUGGAUCUUCCACCCGGCGGCCAAGCUGAGCCUGCAGGUGCUGCUGUCCCACGCCGUGGGCCGCGACCUGAGCCGCGACGGCCGUGGGGAGUUCGCCUGCUCCAAGUGCGCCUUCCUGCUGGAGCGCAUGUACCGCUUCGACACGGUGAUCGCCCGCGUGGAGGCGCUGUCCCUGGAGCGGCUGCAGAAGCUGCUGCAGGAGAAGGAGCGGCUGCGGCGGGGCGUGGGGGGGCUGUACCGCAGGAACAACCCGGGGGAGGGCGGCGGGGAGGAGGCCGAGCUGUGCGCCCUGCAGGAGGCCGGCUACUCCGACCUGAUCCAGGAGGACCUGGUCUUCUCCGUCUACGAGUCCUGGGCUGAGAAGGAGGACCUGGACCAGCACCUCCUCCACUGCACAGGAGCAGACGCUGGCCACAAGCCCAGGAGGUGCCGGGGCUGCGCCGCGCUCCGUGUGGCCGACUCGGACUACGAGGCGGUCUGCAAGGUGCCCAGGAGCCUGGGACGCAGGAGCACCUCCUGCGGGCCGUCCACCCGCUGCUCCGCUGCAGCUCUGGGGGUGGAGGAGGUGCCCAGAAGCUCUGAGGGAGCAGCUGAUCCUCCUCUGGGUAUGGAGAGCCACAGCCCCGCGUCUUCUCUGGAGUCUCUGGAGAUCCCCACCAACCCCAAAGACAAGGAGGAGGCUGACCCAGAGGAGGCGCCUGGGAGGAGGGACCCCCUGUGGAGGAAAGCCCAGACCGAGUUCUCCCUCCCUGGGAUGGAGGCGCUCCUGGGCCUCCUGCGAGGCUGGGAGUACCGGCCUGUGACCCCCCCCAGGGGCAGCAGGCUGCCGGUUCUGGUCAAAGGCAGACUGGAGCGGAGCCUGACCCCCCCGGCGAGGUCGCCCUGCGGUGGGGGGGUCGGCCCCUGGGAGCUGCACCCCCACCCCGCCGUCCCGGAGGUGGUGGUCCUUGGGCCGGAGCGGGAGCUGCAGGAGGAGCUGGAGGAGCUGGAGGAGCAGUGGCUGGACGACUACGUUCAGUGUGGACCGUUCCGGUUCCAGCAGCGGCUGAUCCAGGAGCAGCAGGGUCAGCUCAGUCAGUACGAGAGCGCCGCCGGCCAGUGUGUAGGAGAGCUGCAGCAGGCCCAGAACCAGGUCCGGUCUCUGCAGGCCAACAUCAAGGAGAGCGAGGCCCAGAACCAGAAGCUGCAGCGGCGCCUGGCAGACAUGGAGCUGCAGCUGCGCUCGGCCCGGGAGGAGGCCCAGCAGCAGGACCGGAGCGUCCAGAACCUCACAGACAGCCUGAGGUCCAAGGAGGCGGAGGUUGCUGAGCUGUGCCGAGCGAUGGAGGAGCAGAACCAGACGCUGGCGUCUCUCAGAGAGCUCGCCGCCCGCAGCCAGGCGCAGCAGCGGCAGCUGUCCGGUACCGAGGCGGCUCCGGGUCAGGCCGAGGUCCUGGCUCUGCAGGCCUCUCUGUUCCAGGCUCAGCUGGAGCUGCAGGCCGGCCAGCGGGCCCAGCGGCGGGCGGCCCGUACUCAGGAGGACCAGAACCGAGCCCUGGAGAGGCUGGAGAGAGACCUGCAGGGGGCGCUGCAGCACAGGAGGGAGGCGGAGAGACACAACCAGGAGCUGCAGCUGGCUCUGCAGCAGGCCGCAGCAGCGCUGCAGGAGCAGGAGGCGCAGCUGAGGGCGAGCGAGCAUGACAGGCGGAGGGAUGAGGAGCAGAGAGAGAGGACCGAGGCAGAGCUGAGGACGCGGCUGCAGACCAAAGAGCGGCUCGUUCAGGAAUACAGCGAGAUGAUGAAGGAACCCGAGGAGAACAGAGACCGCCUCCUGCAGAAGCUUCGCCAGCGGAUAACGGAGCGAGACCGGGCGCUGGAGCGAGCCGUAGACGAGAGGUUUGGCUCGGCGGAGGAGAAAGAGGAGGAGGCCCGGCGCCUGCAGCUGCUGCUGCGGCAGAAGGACGUGGAUCUGGAGAGGCAGCGCUGCGUCCUGGCCAACAACGAGGAGACCAUCGCUAGCCUGGAGGCGCUGCUGAGAGGGAAGGCGCUGGAGCUGGAGCAGGUGUCCGACUCCUGGAGGAGCGCCCAGAAGCAGCAGCAGGACGCAGAGGAGCGGCAGGAACAGGUCCUGAGGGAAAGAGACGCCGUCAUUGAUCAGCUGCAGGCGGCGCUGCUCGACCGCACGCAGGAGGCUCAGGAUCUGCGCUGCUCCCUGCUUCCUCAGGUCCAUUCUGCUCCAGGCCAGGUUCUGGAGGAGCUGAAGGUCCGCCUCCAGCUCAAAGACCGCCUCUUCCAGGCGGUGAUGUCCGACCGGACCCGGCUGGCCCAGGAGCACCAGGACCAGGUCCAGGAUCUGCUCCGAGCCGUCGGCGCCAGGGACCGGUACAUCCAGGACUCAGCCGGCCGACUCGCCGAGGUUCUGACCGAGCAGACGGCCAGAGUCCAGGCGCUGCGCCGGCAGCUGAGCUCGGCUCACGGGUCCCAGCCGGACCCGGCUCCAGAGUUGGCCUUGGAGGCGCAGGCUUUACGAGAGGAGCUGCGUUUGGCGCUGAUGAGGGAGAAGGAGAGCCAGCAGGACCGGAGGAGCCAGGCGGGCCGACUGGACCGGCUGAGCCGGAGUCUGGAUGCCAAGGACGAGCUCAUCCGGGACCUCCACAGGCAGAUGGCGGCUCCAUCGGACCUCCCUCUGGUAGAGAGGCUCACCCAGGAGGUCCAGGAGCUGAGGGAGGUUCUGGUCCGGCAGGGCGCUGCUGAAUCUGGAGGGCGGAGCUGCCAGGACGAAGACGAGGCAGAGGAAGAGCUGAGGAGCGAGUUCCUGGAGAGCGUUGCUGAUGAAGAGUCCGGUUCCCAGGAUCUGCAGCGGGACGGCGAGGGUCUGAUGGAGGUCAAGCAGCUGGUGGAGCACAAGCGGGUGCUGGAGAGAGAGCUGGGGGAGCUGAAGGGGCAGCUGGAGAAAGCCGGCUUCUCCUCGCUGUCUCAGAUGAGGAGAGCUCUGCUCAGCCUGCGCUCCGAGAACCAAGACCUGAAGCUUGAGCUGGCUGAGAGGAGGACGGCCGAGGAGCCGGACACCGGGCUGGAGGAAGAGGAGGAAGAGGAGGAGCUGGAUGUGACUGUGGAGGAGGAAGAGGAAAGCUCUGAGAUGUGGGAGGCUUGGGAUGGAGAGCUGACUCCGUCUGAAGUUAGGAUCCAGAGGAUGGAGACGCCGCCGCAUCUUCUCAGCAGCUCCUCCCAGGACGCCGCCCCGUCCCCCGCCCCGUCCCCCGCGGCCUGUGAGAAGACGGAGCGUCUGCGGCUGAGGAGCAGGGACCUGCAGGAGAGGCUGAUGGUGUCUGAGGCCACGGUGCAGGCUCAGGCCGAGCAGCUGAAGGACUACAGGGAGCUGCUGACAGAAGCAGCGGUGCAGCAGGACAGCAAGCAGAUCCAGGUGGACCUGCAGGACUUGGGCUACGAGACCUGCGGCCGCAGCGAGAACGAGGCGGAGAGGGAGGAAGCCAGCAGCCCAGAGUUCGAUGACCUGGAGAUGUGCACGUCUCUGGACUGCGGCGCCCAGUGGUGGCCCGCCGGCAGCAGCGGCUCCACCAGAGCCGACGCCUCGUCCCUCCAGCGCCUGGUGGAGGACCUGCGCUCCCAGCUGACCCGCUCCCAGAGGGUGAUCCGUGGGCUGCAGGCCCGCCUCCGCUCCCCCCCCGCCUCCGCCGACCCGCCCAAGCUCAACUGGACUCAGCCGGCCUCGCUGAGCGGGACCGAGGACGACGAGGGCUGGCAGUCGUCUGAUGGAGGAGCGCCGGCUUCCCAGCGGCUCCAGGACAAGGAGCUCCAGCAGCUGACAUGCAGAGUGGACGCUCUGGAGGACCAGCUGAGGACAGGAGACACCAAGAAGGACGAGGGACGCUCUGCAAGCUGGCCGGGGAAGUUUGACUCUCUGAUCCGGGCCCAGGCCCGGGAGCUGUCCCUGCUGCGCCAGCGGCUCCGUGAGGGCGGGGCCGUCUGCCGCCUGCUCUCGCAGCACCUGGGCGACUCCACCAAGGCCUUCGAGGAGCUGCUGAGGGCCAACGACGUCGACUACUACAUGGGGCAGAGCUUCAGGGAGCAGCUGGCUCAGAGCGGCGCUCUGGCCCAGCGGGUCAGCGCCAGCAUCGGUGGACGAGAUCAGGCCGAGGAUCCAGAGGAGAAGACGGAGCUGCUCGCCAUCCGACUCAGCAAAGAACUGCAGCAGAAGGACAAGAUCAUCGAGUCGCUCCGAGCCAAACUCAACCAGCACGCGUAUCAUCAUCGCCCCGACACGCCCAGCAGCAGCCACGCCCUCUCCGACAUCUCCGACCAAUCGGAUCGCAUCUCCUACGUGUCUGACGAGCACGGCUCCACCAAUGACGACCUGGAGUUGUGCUCUGAGGCGGAUGCUGCCAGCGAGCUCGGACCGGAGGACGCCGGGAAUGCGGCCAGAAUCGGCACCGGCUCUCGGCACGGAUCACACCGUUCAUCCGUCGCUUCCUCCAUCACCUCCUCCCACCGCGCCCAGUCCUGCCUCAGCUGUCCCAGCAUGCAUCUCACCAGCUCCCCUCACAAACCCGCAGACCUGCAGAGUCGCUCAGCUCCCUGUCGCCCUCCCCUCUCCUCCUCCCCCCUGAAACAGCCCCCCCUCUCCCCCCUCCAUCCUCCCCGGAUGAAGCUGCAGCCCCACAGACGUGAAGGGGCGGGUUUCUCUCUGGCGGAGGUUCACCAGGAGCUGCAGAUGUUACAGAAGCAGCUGGGAGGCCAUGAUAGGUUCUCCUCUCCUCAGUCCAAAUCUCUUCACGGGUUCCCCUUGGCCCACCGGCAUCCUGCAGACCCCUCCGGCUCCCUGCCGUUCUCCUACCAAGCAUUCCAGCCUUCUCCGUUCAGCAGCAGCCUGGAUGCAGGCGUGGCGGUGAAAGCGGGGGCCAGUCUGCUGGACAGAAGUGCAUUGUGGGAAAUGCCCUUUGGGAGAGCUGGAGCUGACCUUUCAUCUGGCUCGUCUGGGUACCAGUCGGGCACCAGCCACACAGGUUCUGACCUGAUGAAGGAGCACCUGAGAGAAAUCAGGAGUCUGAGGCAGAGGCUGGAGGACUCCAUCCAGACCAACGACCGGCUCCGCCAACAGCUGGAGGAGAAACUGGCCCGCGGCGCCAUGGAGAAAGGCGCUCCUACGAACAUCUACAUCCAGGGUCUGGACUCAGUCAGCCAACUUUCCAGUGAGGUUAGACUCCUGAAGGAGGAGAACAUCAGUCUGCAGACCCAGCUGAAGCUCGCCAACAGAGAUGGCAGCAGAGAGGCGGAGCAUCUGAGGGAGGUGGUCCUUGUGGAGCGGUGCCGCCUAAAGGAGGCGGAGCUAGAAACCCAGAGGUGGGCGGAGCUAAGCAAAAGGCUGCAGGCUGAAGAUGGAGUCCGCUGCCAGGAGGUGGCGCAGCUGAAACAGGACCGACAGAGAAGCCAAGAGGCCACCAACAGGCUGCAGCAUGAGGCGAGCGUCCUCCAGCAGCAGCUGGACGAAAGCCGGCGUUUGAUCCAGACUCUCCAGAAUGAGCUGCAGGAAGCAAACGGCAGGAACACGCGCUCAGCCGCCCUGCAGAGCGGAGCUCCUGACGGUUCCCCCUCCAGCCGACCGCACCGCCCCCCCCUCGGCCACAGCCAAGGAUUCAAGGCCCUGCAGCAGCAGCUCCUCGAUGGGACUUCUCUGGUUAUUCAGAUGGAGGCUGCUCUCUGUUCCCUGAACGCCUCACAGAGGCUUCGUCAGCCGUCAGACCCAGGAUGCGUCAGAAAUCUGCUAUCAGACACAAAAAGCCUGAAGCAGGUCCUGCAGGAGGCCGAGUCUCUGCUGCAGGUUCUCUGGAGAGCAGAUCUGUCUGACGCUGAGGAAAAGGCACAGGGAGGGUCCCUGAGGGAGGAGGUGGUCUCUCUGCGUCUGAAGCUCUCAGAGCGGGAACAGGCCCUGAAGGACACCAUGGAGACGCUGAGGAGCUCCAACCUCACCAAAGACAGCAUGGAGUACUUCAUAGUCAGCCAGCUCUCGAGAACACGGGACGUCCUGAAGAAAGCAAAGACCAACUUACAGGAGAACAAACUCAGGAUCUCCUCCCUCCACCAAGCUUCUGCUCCUCCUCCUCCUCCUCUUCCUCCCUCCUCUUCUUCACCUCUUUCCCACCCCCGGUCUGUUAAAGGUGAAAACCCAGGAGGCUCAGGUGAGCUCGCCUCAGCUGCUGGUUGCCGUGUCCUGACGGCCUCCUGCCCCGCUGCCUGGACCCCGGCUCCUCAGCGGCGCCCCCUGCAGGCGGUGUGGCUGUAGCUCAGCCGCCUGACUGAGAGCUGCCAGGCCUUCCCUCAGCGAUGCUGCAGCAGCUCAGGUCUUCCUCCUGCCGGUCUAAAGCCAGGCUCACAGCUGGACCCCCACAAACGUUCAUUUCUGACCCGUCAGGCUGUUUCUGAAGCGGACCUGGACCAAGGGGGACGUCUGCAGGAGGAAUAAACGGCGUUUAAUCCUGCAUCGUGCUGCAACGUGCUUCCUCGCUGCCUUUCCUGAGCUUUCUGUUUUACUUUGUGUUUGAAUGGACAUCAGUCUGUGGAAACUAAGCCAUAUUCGCCGCUGUUCCAGCACACCUGUACCUGUAAAUCACUGUCAGAACGGCCGAUUAACAGCAGCAAGGUCUGCUGCUCAUCUUUA